AUGACCUGUGUGCCAUCUGACAUCGCUUGUGAUGGGACCGGAACGGUGGAGGAGGAUGGUGAAUGCUGGAUAGAGAAAAGCAGGAGGAUGAAGAGAUGGAUAGUGCAAGGAGUAGAUGGUCAAAACGGAUUCGGAAGAGUCCGACCAGAUUCCUUUGUUGCGUUACGCGCCUUUGUUCCCAUCUGUGACAGACACGCUGACACAACGGCAGCAAAGAAGACGCACCAUAAAGUCACCAUUCACGACACACUCCCUUCCUUUGAAACUGUCACUCGGCCCAUUCUCGCACGCAUAUAUUCCGUCCAGCAAGGUCGUCGUUGGGUCAAAAUACCGACCUUGGAUAAUGGAAAUGGGCAGGAUCCUAUGUGCACCCACGCACUUGACGGCCCUUGGACCCAACCCCACAAACACAACUGCGAACUGCAGAUUAUCCACGGAAGACGAAGCGACACAUUUAGAAUCUUCUGUAAGAAUCACAUAUUCCUGAGGGAGAACGACACUGUCAAGGCCAUCGUUGGUGAAGAGUAUCGUUGGUGUGGAUCAAUUGUCGUCAUGAGAGCAGGCAAAGGCGAGAAGAAAUGGGUCGUGAAUAUGCGGGGAUGUCGGGACACAGUACUGGCAGACUAUGCACUGGAUCAAUUCAUCAAGCACGUCCAGCAGAGAAAACGGUUCUCCUUCCCCAAGCACCUAGUAUUCCGUAUGCCCUAG